AUGCAAAGCUUGCCUGAUGGACAAAAUCGUGAAGGUCAGGGCUAUGACACAGUUUAUGUUGGAGAGUCCGAAAAGAAGCGUUUUUUAGUUCCGGUAUCCUAUCUGAAAGAGCCUUCAUUUCAAGAUAUGCUAAGCAAAGCAGAAGAGGAGUAUGGUUUUGAUCAUCCAAUGGGCAGUUUGACAAUUCCAUGCAGAGAAGAUACUUUUAUUUAUGUAACUUGUAGCUUGGCUAGAUCAUAAGAGAAUUCAAAUUAGUCUAA